CCCCCGCGCGUGCAGGGUUCUUCCCAUUGGUUCGCUGCCUGCCUCGGGAGCCCCCUGUGGCCUCCAACCAGGCAGCCUACUUGGCGCCCUGCAGCCAGUGCCCCCAAGCUGACCCUGCUCCCCAUUGGCUGCUUUGGGGGCCGCCGCCAUCUAAUGAGGAGGGAGGCGCAGAGUACCAGAGCACGCGCUCCCUGCGGCGGGAUCUAGCCCUGCAGCCUCGGGACCGGGCAGGGGCCGAAGCUGUGCAAAGGCCGAGAGACCGGCUUCUCUACGGAGGACACCCGUUCUCCCUCCGGACCUGGUCUGGGUGGCAGCUCGGGCUUCCCGUCGCGGAGCUGUGCAUCUCCAAGUCUGGAACCCAAGCCGUGAGGCUCCAGGUGUUGGGAAAUCCUGUGCCCUGAAGAAUUCGGACUGAGAUCCGAACGGAAGAGUGGUGUAGACGAGGGUGCAACCCCGGAGCGACCAUGUUCUACUAUCCCAGCGUGCUUCAGCGCCACACCGGCUGCUUCGCCACCAUCUGGCUGGCGGCAACGCGCGGCACCCGGUUGGUGAAGCGUGAAUACCUGAACGUGAACGUGGUGAAGACCUGCGAGGAAAUCCUCAAUUACGUGCUGGUACGAGUCCAGCCCCCGCUGCCAGGCCUGCCGCGGCCCCGCUUCUCCCUUUAUCUCUCAGCCCAGCUCCAGAUCGGCGUCAUUCGGGUCUACUCUCAACAAUGCCAGUACCUUGUAGAGGACAUCCAGCACAUCCUGGAGCGCCUGCACCGGGCCCAGCUGCGGAUCCGCAUUGAUAUGGUGGAGACUGACCUACCCAGCCUGCUGCUGCCUAAUCACCUGGUCAGGAUGGAGGCUCUGGAAGAUGCUCCAGACCCCUUUUUUGGGAUGAUGUCUGUGGAGCCCAUACUGCCCAGUCCCUUCAAAAUCCCUCAGAUUCAACACCUCCUAGAGGCUGUGACCCCAGAGAGAGUUCUUGAAGAGAUCCCUCCUGAAGUUCCUAUAGAGCCAGAAAGGAUUCUGGUCACUGCACCGUCUCCCGAGGCCAUCACGCUCCUGGAGGUGGAGCCCAUACGUAUGCUAAAGAUUGAGGGUGAACGGGACCUCCCAGAGAUCAGCCGCCGAGACUUGGACCUGCUGAUCGCAGAGGAGGAGGAAGCCAUCUUGUUAGAGGAACGUCGGCUAGGCAGGUCCAUGUGGCCGCGUAGGGCCCGCCCGGUGCUGGAUGAGUACGAAGAGGAGCUCCGGGCCCCAGAGAGGGAGGUCACAAUCCCCCCGCCCUCACCUCUAGCUCUUCCAGAGGUGGAGGAGGCUGCAGAGCCACUUCCGCCGAAGCCACCAGCCUGGGAGCCUGAGGCCCUACUUCCUGAGGUAACCCCCCCGCUGGAGCUGCGUCUGCCAGCCCCACCCAGCCCAGAGCGGAGGAGGCCCCCAGUCUCCCCACCUCCCAGGGUCCCACCUGCCCGCCGCCGCCGCUUAUUAUUCUGGGACCGGGAGACCCAGAUACCCCGGAAGGAAUUCCUGGAACAAAUGCAAACCAGAGCCCACUGCCGGGAGUGUCCAAUGGUGCAGCCUCCUGAGAGGAUGAUCACGAGCCCUGCAGAGCUGUUCCGAACCCCGACUCACUCUGGCCGGCUACCCCAAGAACUGCUGGCUUUCUGGACCCACUGUGCCCAGCCACUCCCACUAGCACUCAGGAGAAGGCCGCCCCUGGAGCCUGAGGAAGAGGAAGCUGAGAGGGAGGCGGCAGCUGAGGAGGAAAGGAGAAAGGCUGAAACUCCAAGCGAUAUCGAGGUCCUGAGGGAGGCCCUGGAGCCCAGUGUGCCCCUCAUGCUGCCUUCAGAGAUCUCCCUAGAAGCGGCUGAGGAGGAGAAGACCCGCAUCAGCCUCGUGCCCCCGGAAGAACGGUGGGUCUGGGCUGAGGAGCCAGAAGCCCCUGCAUUGCCCGUGGUGCCUGAGCUCCCUGAGGUGCCUGUGGAGGUGCCUGUGGAGCUGCCCCCAGAGCCUGAGCUGCUCUCGCUGGAGGCUGUGCACAGGGCAGUGGCACGGGAGCUGCAGGCCAAGAGGGAGCCUGACUUCAGCAGCCUGGUGCCACCUCUCAGUCCCCGUAAGGUGGCCGCGCGGGUCUUCUACCUGCUCCUGGUGCUUGCUGCACAGCAGAUCCUUUGUGUGAAACAAGAGGAGCCAUAUGGGCGCCUCCUGAUCCAGCCAGGGCCCCGAUUCCACUGCGGUUAGAGCCAAUUUACAAAGCUGCCAGGGAACCAGCUAUGGUAAACGGUGUCCUGCCUCACUUCUGAACACGGGUCUCUAUCCUUCCUGCUCCCAGCGCUACUGUUCAAGAAGAAAAUAAACUGCCUUUA